AAUUUAUUUAUCUUGACACAACUAUAAAUGUGAAAAAGUAAUAAAUUCCAUCAUCCAACCAAUACAUCGGCACUUACAUAAUCAUAUAUAUAUAAACCUUUCUAUCUAACUAGAGUGAUCAACCAACAUUACGAUAUAAACAAACACACACACACAUACAUAUAUAUAUAUAUAUAGAGCGAGAGAGAGAGAGAUCAUAAGAGAUUACAUCAUCGAAUAAUGGAGCAGUACUCAACGAGAACCCUACUCAUAGCCAUCGUGAUAACCUCCAUGUUAGUAGGGUUUGGAAGCUCAGAUCUGGCUCAAGACAGAGAGGAGUGUACGAACCAGCUGAUAGCACUCUCACCGUGUCUUCCAUACGUGGGAGGAAACGCAAAGGCUCCAACAAAAGAUUGUUGUGGAGGGUUUAAUCAAGUUAUAACAAAGAGUGAGAAGUGUGUUUGCAUAUUGGUCAAAGACAAAGAUGAUCCUAGUCUUGGUCUCAAGUUUAAUGCAACCCUAGCCGCUCAUCUUCCCACCGCUUGUCAUAUUACGGCGCCUAACAUCACCAAGUGUAUUUCACUUAUGCAUAUACCUCCAAACUCGACACUGGCAAGAGAGUUUGAGAGCUUAGGAAGGAUUGAAGGAAACGCCAACUUGACACCUCCUUCACCAAAUGUUAAAGAUGGGACAGGAGGAGGGAAAGCUGAGUCAGUCAAGAGUAAUGGAGAGAAGAAGAAGAAGAGUUGGUUGGCUGUUGAGCUUUUAUUGUUUGCUCUGUUCUUUCAUUUUCUUUUCAUUAUCUCUUCUCUCACACCUUCCUCCUUUAUUUAAUGUUCUUUUGCUUGCAAUAUCCGAUCCUAUAUAUAAUUUUAUAAUGUUCUCAGUUAUAUCUAAACUUAUAUAUGCACACAUAUGCAUGUGCAUGUAAAUGAGUGAAAGAUUUGUAGUUUUUGAAAAUUUGGUCAAAAAAGAAGAAGAAAAGAUUGUAAUAUUUAUUGUGAUUUUUACCUCUACUAAUAACGAAACGUACGCCUGGUCUUGCCUUACUGUGUUUCAAAAUAC